AUGACGGUCACGCGACACUGUUCUGAGAGCGUUGGAGACUUGGGUAAGGCGGGGAAAGGCAGACGGACUUCUCCAGCCUGUCGCCGUCUGGUGAAGAGGCAGAGUGUUGAGGCUCUUAAGAACAGCUUUCGGCUUCGAUACAUGAACGUAUUCAACGAAAGUCUCAAAUCACAGAUGCUUCUUCAAUUCUGUUACACGCCCAUUUAUUGUUCCAAAGGACUGUAUUGUCGUUCGAAAACUUGGCUGAGCUCCGAGCUAGAUAGCAGUCAGGCUGACAUGUUGGUUCAUGGCCUGGCAUGCAGGGGUGGUGCUGUAUGCAGUUCCAAAAUGCCGAUAGCCGGGCCACGGCAGAAAACCCACCAAGUGACCACGUUGUCCAAAAGUGUCAUGAGCUCCCACAAGAUAUCGCUUUGCUGCGGUCCUUCUGUCCAAAGAACCAGCAUGGUCUUGCGCUGUUUUCGCAAGUCGAAGCGAUGGAAACUACAUCCAAAAUCAUCAUUACGGGCUGCACUGUGGCCGACAGCCAUGAGCUGGCUGACCAGAAAUAACAUCCCCGCCUUCUGGGCAGAUCCCCACUGGCAGCUCGCCUGGUGCCAUCGGACCCAUGAGUACCAUAUCAUGCAGAUAGCCAAGCGAACGCCGCGAAACCUCAUCAGUGACCCCGAUACGAAGCGACAUCAAAAGGCCGUGGAUUCCGUCACCGGGCGAAUAGUGGGAUAUGCUCGGUGGAUUCUGCCCGCAUCCCACGCCAAGAGCAUCGGCGGGGCCCCGGCUUGGCCCGAUGCCGUGGUUCCGUUUGUCAGCCAAGAGGAAGAAGCGGAGAUCCAGCGCGUUGCCGUGACAGCUCAUUGGGAUCCUAACGAGGAGUCGGACGAUUUGCUUGUCCCUAUUCGGGAGGCGGAGGAUGAAUUCUAA